AUGUCCACCAGCACUUCUGCUGCAACACAAAUAAAUUCCUCGAUUCCCAUCAUGAUGAUGACUUCAACUCUCCCUAACACCACAGCAAAUGCUACCACCACCAACACCAACAAAAUGGAUACCUCGUUCAAUAUGAAUUCAUCAACCCCUGUGCUUGCUGUUACAUUGAAUCAUUCACAUGCGGAUGACUUCUUUUCAGUGGAAAAUAACAGCUUUUUUGGUCAACAACACAUCAGUUCAUUCAAUGAUUUAUCAGAAGUGUCAAGUGUGGGUGGCGAGACUGACAGUAUCGAUGAAUUGACAAAUUUAGAAACAUCCUCCACAUUGAAUUUUAAUUCACCUUCCCCUCGACUUUCUGACUCUUCCAUGUCUCUACUUUCACAACUUAAUCAAUAUGGAAUUAUCAAACAGUACAAUCGACUCGAAUGCAUUUCUCAUCGAGUGUUGCCCAUGCCAUGUCACUUUUCAAAAUGUAAAAUUAUGAAAAGAGAUCCAUCGGGAGGUUGUGCUGUUUUUAUUGUAAGAUAUCGUGAAAGUUUAGAUGAUGAUCAUGAGUUCACUAAAAGAGAAAUUGAUUUGGAUGCAAAAGAUUUAUUUGAUGCUCAAAAUGACUAUUAUGACACAACCUCUGGAAAAGUGAUUAUUAACAGAUUUCAACAAAAUACCAUUCAAAGAAAAGAUCUCUUUGAAGAUUUAUCAACUUGGAUGGAACACACAAAUCCUCUCUAUGAAGAAGAUCACAUUGAUGCAUGUUUUUUGAAUCCAUUAUUUUAUGAGAAACAACCUUUAAGUCCUCAACAAGUGUUGUUUUAUCAUACCUGUCACUAUGAUGAAUGUCAUAAUUCUGAAAGUAGUAGUGGUAGUAUUGCUGCUAGUGGCAGUUAUAGUAACAACAAGAGCAACAAUGGAGAGCAUUCAUCAUCCAUUCUUAACAGAAAUCCAUAUAUUAAACAUUUAGAGAGUGUGACUCCAAGUGAAGAAUGGAUUGAAAUUGUAAAUCCUCUAAGUUUAUACGGAGUUGUGCGAACAGAAGCUGCAGAUAAAGCAUUUGGACGUGUGUUAAAAACAAAAGUUUCCAAAUUAAGAAGUAGCUCAGUAAUUUUCACAUCCAAUGCAACUCCAUCCUCACAAAAAAGAAAAAGACAGUCUAGUGGAAGUAUUUCAUCAGAUACUGUUCAUAAUGCAAUUUCUGUACAAACAAGUCAUGAAUGGCAGCAAUCUCUGCUGAAUGAGGAAUUUAUCAUUCAUGUUUCACUCGAAACAGAAUAUGAAGAGUUUUGUAAUCCUCUUUUUGAACAUGAAACUCAUAAUGUAUUGCUACCUGAUGGUUUCAAACACUCAGAUUUAGUUUUAUUUAUGAAUCAAAUGAAAGCAGAAUGUCCUCCCACAUCCAACAAAUUAAUCUAUAAUCGAUGUAAUAUUUAUGAGAAGAGUGAAAAUUCUGAUAUUCGAUCAAGAUUCAAUAGAAUUCUCUCCAUUAGGCAUCAACGAACAGCUUCGAGUAGUAGUAGUGGCAAUAUUAGUAGUAGUAGUAGGGGAUCCAAGUCAGAUCUUUUUAGUGAAUCAUGUCGAAAUGAUUCCUUUCAUCGAAGAUUUUCUGAAUACUCUUUAGAAGAUCGCAGAGAUGAAGACAUUGUAAUUCAUGUGGAAAAACAAAAACUAACAGUUUAUGGUUCACAACUUUUUGAGUACAUUUCCAAAAAGGCUCAACUCUAUUUCACGCCACCAGAUGUUCACAUGUUUUUGAAUUACCUCAUUGAUACACAGAGAAGAUCAUGUGAUGGUGUCAAUAGAGAUCUCACAAGUAACAUUUUACUAUUGAAUCCAGUGCCCUAUGAUCCACAACGAUUUAUUGAAUUUUCUCCACAAAAUCUCUAUCGUUAUUGUGAUGACGAUAAUCCAGUGUUUUAUAAUGAUCAAAUUAUUAACAUCAUUCCACAGAAAAAGAGUAAUUCUAUUUUGUCAGAACAUGAAUUAAUGUCAAAACUCUUUCACAAAGGAGCUGUUCCUAAAGAUACCACCUAUUCAACACCAUUUUCUGAAGGAUCUGUGAUUUUUAUUGAAUUUCCCUAA